CGUGAGGCCUAGUUGUACUCCUGGCGUCAGCCUCAGUCCUCACGCAGGCUUUGGCCUCCCCUCGGGGUCCUCGUGUGUGCCUAGAUGUCAUCCCCUUGCCAGUGUCACCCAGCCAGCUCCGACUCGCCCCUCAGACUCCACUCAAACGGCAUUUUCAGGAAAGCCUCCCUGGAGACCCUAACCUAGAACAGUCUUCAUGUUAUGUGCUCCUAAAGCUGGCUGUUCUUAUCAGUUUUAUGAAAUGAUCCUCUUACUGUGGGAUUGCACUUGCAGAUGCCUGCAGGGGCUGGGCGGCUGGGUCAGUGCAUGUGACACGGUCAAGAGUGGGGGACUGUGGAGAGAAGACCCACCUCGUGGGCAGCCCCGACUCAGCUCCAGCACAGGUGGCCCAGGUGAGGGGGUGGCCCAAUGCUACCAGAUCUUCCAUGUUUUCCAAGAAAACCAGAAAUCUGGAUUUUUAAACUGAAGUCUGCCCCCCACCCCCAGCCCCAAAUGUUGGCAAAUAAUUAUUUUUUAAGAAUGAUGUAGGCCAAACAAAGCACAUCUGUGGCUCCUAGUUUGUAGCCUCUUGUUUCAUGUCUGCCUUUCCCAGUUGACUCAGUUCAACGGGCCACAUGCGUGUGUUUCUCUGCUCACCAUAAUGGAUCAAGCAAAUGAAAAGCAGAAAUAGGCAAUGGAUGGCCUCUCCCAGUAGAGCACCAGGGCCAGAAGAAAGUACUGGAAAGGAGGUGGCCUCCCAGCCUCAUUUGCAUCCUCUCUUCUUACUGCCUGCUGGAAAUUUCUCCAUCUCCCUUUAAGUCCUGCACCCUGGGGGCCUGACCACCCUUGACCCUGAAGUUGUCACAGUUCUGUGGCUCAGGCCCUCUGUGACAUCACCAAGAGACCAGCACUGGGCUCCCCGUUUCCCGGCUACAAGAGCAAACAACCCACCAUGAGCAGCCUCCUCCUCCAGCCCUGAGCACCAUGCGGACGCUGAAAUGGGUCUUGUUCCUGCCCCUAUGCCUUUCCUGUUGCUCUGCCUUUAUGUUCUCUUCGCUGAGAGAUAAAGCCCCAGAGCCGCAGGGGAAGGUGCCUUGUGGAGGGCACUUUCGAACCAGGCAGAAUCUACCAGAGCACUCUCAAGGCUGGUUUAGGAGCAAAUGGCUCUGGCUUGUUUUUGUUGUUAUGCUGUAUGUGAUGCUAAAGUUUCGAGGAAAUAGUGAGAAUAAGGAUCAGAAUCCCACCGGCCGUCAACGCUGUUCAUUUCGCGGUCCACCAAAGAAAAAUCAGAACGCUUGCCCCAACAAAGACUAUGCGUUCAAUAUGUUAACCCAGCUCGAGAUGGACCUUGUGAAGUUCGUAUCCAGGGUGCGGAAUCUUAAAGUCGCCGUGGCAGCCGGCAGUAAACUCAAGCUUCAAAGCACAGAUGCGCCUGCAGAGCCGCACAAUAAUAUUACCAUAUAUGAAAUAUGGGGUGAAGACGACUCUGAGUGAAUGGACUUGUGUGUCAAAGUAGGAGAGGGAAAGUUGAGUGUUGACAGUAUUCAAACUAAUAAACUACUCUGAGGAAAAAGAAUUCUCUGAUUUAAGACCUUUCUUUUUAGCUUUUUUCUUGUUUUUAACUAGAAGGAAAAAAAACGUGAGACCAG